UAGGAGGUACACGAGUAUGUUCAUUUUAGUACAUAGAUGUAGACAGUGCUGUGAUUAUCUGUAAGAUGGCAGAAUAAUUUAGUAAGGUUGAACGUAGGCAAUUACGAUAGAAAGAUUAUAUUCCCGAUGAAACCCGAUAUACGGAAAUACGAUUUCACCUAAUUAUGUAGGCAUGAAUCCGAGCUAAAUAGCUGCCCAUUAUUUUUACAGUAACUAUGAAGUGUGUUUGAAAGCCAAGGAGGAAUAUCUCCCUAGAGUUCAAAGUUCUGUCCAGGCGACUAUACUAUGAACGACAUUGAAGUUCAGUGUACUGCAGCUGGAUUAAUGGUGGUCUAUGGGGGGAGUGAGAGAGCAGAGAAAAAUGGAGGACCCUCGCAAGCGAUCCAUCAUGCGUAAGUCUGUGGAGAACCUGCUGAUUUCUAGUCAUGAUGUGAUCGGAAGUAGCAUCAGCCCUUCUCUCACAUUUGGGGCCAUGACUUUACCAACCAACUGUCCCCAGGGACAUGUAGCAAACUCUCUGGAAAUACGGUCACCAAGCCCAAGUGCAAGUCCACAAUCCAGUCCACGUCCAUCCCCACGGCAGCAUCACAAGCGAGACCAUUCCAAAGGGGAAAUAUCUGUUGGAAGUUGCAAAGACUGCUCUCCCCCGGAUAGAUAUGAUACAGUAGAGGACAGUCUGAGUCGGUCGUCUGGCUCGAGUCACAUUCAUGAGUUGAGCCGAAGCAUAAGCCAUGAGGGUCCCAGCAAGGAACGUGCCAAGGAAUCAGCUCGUAGUUCUGACCGCACCAAGAAGAAGUCAUCAUGGUAUAAUGUUUUGUAUCCAACGUAUAAAUCACGGAGUGAGGACUUCAAGAGAAUUUUCAAGGAUGUUCCACUAGACGAAAGACUUAUUGUAGAUUAUUCAUGUGCUUUACAAAAGGAUAUUCUGGUCCAUGGGAGACUGUAUGCCUCACAAAACUACCUCUGUUUUUAUGCUAACAUCUUCCGUUGGGAAACAUUAGUGUCAUUGAGGUGGAAAGAUGUCACUGCAAUAACCAAAGAAAAGACAGCUUUAGUUAUACCAAAUGCAAUAUUGGUGUGCACAGAAGGCGAGAAGCUUUUCUUCACUUCAUUUGGUGCGAGGGAUAAGACAUACCUUAUGCUGUUCAGGGUCUGGCAGAAUGCAUUGAUGGAUAAGCAAAUGUCAAUGCAGGAGAUGUGGCAAUGGGUUCACACAUGCUACGGAGAUGAAUUGGGCCUGACCAGUGAUGAUGAUGAUUACAUUCCACCAGCUAAUGAGGAGGACAAACUUUCUGGCAUCAACGUGCGUUUGUCUGUAGAUUCCUUCUUAGAGCAGGAAAGUUGCAGUAUGGCAGAGUCUCACAUGGAGACCGUAAACACAGAGGAGCGUCAGAAUGAUGCAUUGUCUUCGAGUACAGUUACAACUAGCGUGUCAGUUCAUUCCACAUCAUGCCAGGAGUCAUACAGUGGUACCACAUUGCAUUCCAUAUCUCACAGAGAAUCUACAGGACAUGAACAGAUCUCGUUACAAGUUCCUAUCUCUGAGACACUUCCCACUGACAUGAGUGAUACAACUGAGUCCGAUGCUGAGAAACAUGUUCCAACAGGUUCAUCCAAGACACUAGUUUGCACAUCACCUCACGAAGGACGUAGGCUAAUUCGAUGCAUCGUUCCAAUCCAUAUUGAUCUGCUGUUUACGAUGCUAUUCACAAAUUCCAAGUUCUUUCUAGACUUCCACAGUGUUAGAAGAACAACUGAUAUGUCUCACACUGCUUGGCAGCAGGAUCCCCAGAGUGGUACAAAACAGCGAGUCGUGAACUAUACCAUUCCCCUCAGCCAGUCAGUUGGACCCAAGUCCUCCCAAGUAACAGAGACCCAGGUAAUGCUACCCUGUAGCAAACCAGGUGAGCUGUAUGCAGUUGAUGCCAAUUCUGUCAAUGCAGGAGUUCCAUAUGCAGACUCAUUUCUUAUAAGCACUCAUUAUUGUAUUUCUCGAACUUCUGAAACGAAGUCAUGUCUCGCCGUCUACGCCCAAGUGAAGUUCAGGAAAUCUAUGUGGGGUUUGGUGAAAAGUCUUAUUGAAAAGAACACUUGGUCUGGUUUGGAAGAUUUUUAUGCACAUCUAGAGAGGGCUCUGCUGGAAGAAGGAACCCAGUUACCUGUCACCAAGAAGAAAACCCGACGGCGGAGAAGGCUUCUGUCUGUGGGUCCUACUGGAUCUGAGGAACCAAAACACCGAAUUAGUAGGCCUGCUUCAAGAUUUCCAUUACCUGAAUUACGUAGUCCUGCAGACACCCUAAGUUGCAUUGUUCUUGCGAUUCUCCUUUUUCUCGUUCUUCUCAACGCACUUCUCUAUUACAAGCUUUGGGCACUGGAAGAGUGGGCACAGGAUUCCAGUGAUAGCUUUAAUGUUAUGGAUCUGCAGGUUCUCAGGCAUCCCCCAAAAUCCCACGACGAGUGGCUACGCUUGCUGCAGCAGCAAGAAGCACUUCACAAUAUGGAACUGCAAAAAUGGCAGAAAGUACUGCAGGCCGCUGUGCAGCUCUUGAGACAGACAGAAGAGUCACUUAGUGAGCUGCAAAUUGCCAUUAACCCUGUGGUGAGUAAGAAGGUGCUGUCGGUCCUGAAGGAUGCAUUCACGGAGGAGGCAGCUAAAGCUGAAGUGGAGCCAGUAACACCGCAGGCAGAUGUAGAUCAGUUAAAGGUACCUGACCCCGAGGGAGAACUUUAAUUAUUGUUUGUAAAAUGUGUGAUCAUCUUGCCUGUAGGAUAAGUGGCUCAGGAUACAUACCCAGCAGUAUUGCAUAGCGGAAAGUAUUAGUUUCGGUAUCUGCUGUGGGUUACAGAUACAUUGUAAAGUAUGUCGUUUGAGCCCACUGUAUGAAAUAUAUGUAAAUUAAUAAAUAUUAAAUUAUGUGAAAAGAAUUGGAUGGUCAAAUAUAGUUUAAUAAGUUCUAUUUCCUCUACCCCUUCCCGACUCCUGUGUUGACAUAUCUCACUGUUUCACAUGCAGACUUAAGCUCUUAGGUUAUAUUGAUAUGACAAUUUUUUUUUAUUCAGCUGCCAUCUCUUUUUGAAAAUUGAAACUCUCUGCUUAUGUACAGGUCUUGUUUUAGUGUAACCAUUGGCAUUUGAGUUGUAGAAGAAUAUUGUGAUAUGUUUGUUUUAUUCUAGAUAAUUUAAGAAAAAUUUGGAAAUAUGUCACUAUCAAGAAGUGACGGACAAAAUACUUCAGGUAGAGGGAUAACAGAGAAGGAAUUAACAGCAGUUUAUCAUAUACUGACACCUAAUAUUAUUACCAGCUGGUCACGGUAGCCGAGUGGUCAAAGGCAUGUACUGUCUUCACUCGCUUGGAAGCUGGGAUCAUGGGUUCAAC